AUGGCAAGAGAUUUAGUGUUAGAUCAUAUGAAAACCCGAGCAUAUAAUGAAAGAUUGCCAAGGGAACUGCGCAUGACUAUCACUAGGGUGUUAGAAAUAGUUCAAAGGAUUGUGGAAGAGUCUAAUUUGUAUUCCGUUCAAAAAAAUGUGACUAAACCAUUAAAUUUAUCUGAAACUGAGCUAAUAAAGUUUAUGGCGAUACUGAUAUACAUGUCUGUUAUAAAAUAUCCCAAUGUACGGCUAUACUGGUCAAAUACUGUAGGUUUUCAACCAAUCAAGGACAUAAUGACUGUCAACCGAUUUGAGACUAUUCGUCGAUUUCUACAUUUCAACAAUAACGAGAAACAUUUACCCAAGGAACACCCACAACAUGAUAGGCUCCAUAAGAUAAGGCCUAUAAUUAGCCAUCUAAAUGAGAAAUUUGCUUUAGUUCCUAUGGAACAAAAACUCUCAAUUGAUGAACAGAUGUGUGCCACAAAAGUGGCACACUUCAUGAAGCAGUAUUUACCUAAUAAGCCCCAUAAGUGGGGGUUUAAAUUAUAUGUGAUGUGCAGCGUGAAAGGUUAUGCUCAUAAAUUUGAAAUAUAUACUGGCCAAGAGAAUGAACGGCUUCCAGAUGAACCAGAUUUUGGGCCAGUGGGAAAUGUUGUAGUCCGGCUUGCUAGAGGUGUCCCAAGCCAUAUAAAUCAUAUAAUUUAUUUUGAUAAUUUUUACACCUCUGUACCUUUAGUUACCUAUCUUGCCAAACAAGGAAUCUAUAGCCUAGGUACUGUGCAAUCUAACAGGCUAGUGAACUGUAAACUGCCGGACAAAAAAACAAUGAUGAAGAAAUCUGUUCCUCGUGGAACUUAUGAAGAGCAGAUGACUGAAUUUGACGGUAUUGAUUUGACAGCAGUUACUUGGAAGAACAAUAAAGUUGUAACUUUUCUAUCUUCAUAUGUUGGAGCUGAACCUGUGGGCCAAGUAGAAAGAUUUGACAAGGCAAAUAAGACUAGAAUUAAAAUUUCAUGCCCACAUAUAAUAAAGGAAUAUAAUGCCCAUAUGGGCGGAGUGGACCUAAUGGAUAGCUUUUUUGGGAGGUACCGAAUUGCAAUGAGAAGCCGAAAGUGGUAUCUUCGUAUCUUAUACCACUUAUUGGACAUGACGGUAAUAAAUUCUUGGCUUGUGUAUAAAAAUUUAAAAACAACUGAAGCCAAUUCAUCAGUUCUAAACCUAUGUAACUAUAGACUGGAACUAGCUGAGGUAUUAGCCAAAGUAAAUAACUCAUUUGAACUCUGCAACAAAAGAGGAAUGCCAAGUACCAGCAACAGUGUUGAAAUGGAAAUACAAGCAAAAAAAAGGAGAGGACCAGCUCAACAUAUUCCUCCUAAGGACAUAAGGACUGAUAAUGUUGGUCACUGGCCUGCAAAACAAGCAGACUCGUUCAAGAAGUAUCUUCGUCCAAAUCUUCAAGAACCGCAACCAUCAGGCAACAAUACAAAUGAUGAUUUGGGAGAAGACAUAAAAAAUCCCACCACAGGAAGCUGUAUGACAGAAGGUCCCGUUUUAUUUUCAGCAAAAGAAAAUAUUCCACAACACAGUGAAAUAACCAAACAACCACAACCAGGCAAAAGUACAAAUGAUGAUAUGGGAGAAGACACUAAUAAUCCUCCCAUAGAAAGUUGUCCCAUUUUAAACUUCAGUGACCCAACAACAUGCAACAACUGCAACAUGGGAUGUCUCUACUGA